AUGUAUUCGGCUGAGGUCACGGAUGAAAUGGAUGCUGCUGGUAAGACGAGGAUGAAACGACGCACCCGCACUGAAAAGGAGCGGAUGGGUUUGGAGCGCAUGCAAAAUCCUCAUCACCGAGCUCGACAAAUGAAUAGCCUUGCUAGAAAGAUUGCUAUGGACGUCAAGCAGCGCACCUUCAUGCAUCAGGACGUAUGGCGUACCGUUGAACGCAUUGUGCUCGGCUCAGAUAAUAUGGAGACGCAGUUCGAUCGCCUCAAGACCGUACUGUUUCCAAAUCAUGCGGACGUGUUGGUCUUACUCUCAUUGCUAGCAGAUGAGGCGGUGUUGCCGCCAGAACUACUCACAAGUCCUCUUCGUCGAGCGUAUCACGGGGCUGUUCAGAUGUUAUUAGCCAUUGAAGCGUACUGUCAUGGCACUCGUUCUCGCAGUUCGAAUACACGAAGUCUCUUAAAAACUAUUGGCAGUAUGGGACAAACAUUAAACGAGUCUGAGUUCUGCGAUCGUCUUGCCGACUUGCUUGGCAAUGAGCGGCCGUUGGUGACUCCGGCAGAUUUUGAAUUCAUUGAUCUUUGUAAACGUUCGGAUUCGGAUGUGCUUGAAGACCGUUGUGCGGAAUGCAUUGAUGAUCUGAAUGCAGUUCUUGGAACACUUCCUCCGAAGAGAGGUGGACCUCUACAGGUAACUGGUGGCCAGUUGAACUCCCUUCAGAAUGGUGUAUAUGUUCCUAUAGUAAUUUCUAAGGAGAAGGCUAUGAAAGAAAUCCCAGCAGCUGUCGAGACAGAAGUCCGUGAGCCAUCUUGGACUAAAGAAACCGAUAUGAUGAUCCUGAAGACUUACAAUGACGUGGAAGGAGGUGUCGAGGAUGUAGUGAAGGAAUUGGUGAGAAUGAUACCGUACUCCUUCGCAGAUAUAGAAAAAAGGCUGAAUUUCUUGAUUUCUCUAUUU